AUAAAAAUAAUUUCUUCAUAAAAAGACACAUGUCGUGGCAGCUGCAUUGAUGGACGGAGGCAAGAAAUUAUUAGAAUAGAUUAGAUUAAAUUAGAUUUUUCAGCUACCAGUGUUGCCCUUUUACAGGCAUCUUGUGCAGAUGCUGUUAAUGUCAAUACAGAAUGGUUUAUAUUUGUUGCUCUUUUCAUCUCUUUACAGCUGAGGUGAGCUAAAGCAGUGCAGACCCUUUACAUGUACACAUUUCACAUUAGGACAGAUUUUCAUUAACAUUGCUUGCCUUGGUUUCAGCCUGCCAUUGAGUUAGAAUAGUGACUACACCUGAGGAAGGUCACAAGAAAAUUCAGGUGAUCUGGUUGAAGUCAGCAGUACUACGGGAAACACAGUGAUUUAUAUCAAUGUGGUUGCAGUAAUGCCCGAAAUCUUUGUUCAGAUUCCCAUCAUGUCAGCUGUAGAAUGGAACAUAAAGGAAUAUUAAAGUCAGACUUUACAGUCCCUGUGAAGGUAUAGGUAAUGGAAGGAUGCAAACCCAAAAGUGGUGCUUCCUAAUUUCCCCACAACCUUAAACCCUCAUCAAACUGUCUGCUAACAUAUAACAACAUUUGCAUUUCUUCUACUCAGUGCAACUUGAUUUCUUUCUUAAAUCCUCUCAGAAGCAAGGUGAGUGCUGUCAAUGCUGAUACAGAGAAGGAUUUAAACAGUUCAAAUAUUUUGGAUUUGGCCAGUUUAAAAAAAGACUUUGACAACAGAUUUUUCAUAAACAUUACAGAAUUUAAUGCAAGUGGCUUUUGAAGUUGCCACCUUUUCCCCCUUCACCAAUGAUGUUUAAAAGCUCACAGGAUAUCCUAUUUUUAAAUAUAAUUAAUAUAAUUUUGCUGGCUUCAGACUCUUAGGGUAGACAGAACCACUAAAACCUGUUCCACCAUGGAGACAAUAAAAUGGUAUAAGAGGCUGGAAUUUAAGUAAGACAGAUAUUGUAUUUGUUUGGAAAGCUCACCUGUGACUUGAUCUGUGCUGGAGCAGCUCUGUGAACUUCCCUGUGUCUAUGUAUGACAUAGCUCUACUUCCCAGCAGUGACUUCUUCAGCCAGCUCUGGUUACUGCUGCAGGGCACAAUUGCUGUGCUGCAACAGGAGGAUUAAUCCUGCUGGCUUUGCUCCGGGGUUUGAGAUGUUCAGAAGAGAUGGGAGAAGGGGAGAGGGAAUCCAUCAUGUCCUUGCUGGUGUUUUACUUGUGUCUGCAGCCUCAUCUGUAUAUAAAAUUGUACCAGUUGAAUUAAAUGUGGUGUUUCUAUAUGCUCCAGAGUCUGUAUGGACACACAUAACUGAACCUGCCGGAAGAAUUUAUAUGUUUGUUAAGCUUAAAGUGUUAUGCAUCCCCUGAGAGAACAAUUUUGGGAAAAGUUCCCUGAGAAAAGCCCUAUUUGAUCUCAGCUCCUUGGAGAAAGGAGAGAAUGGAGGAGCAGGUGAAAUAGCCAGGAAGAAUCGGCCCAGAGGCAGUACAAAGGAUCAGAAAGGAAGGAUGUUUGUGAUAGUAAGAACUACAAAAAGAACAGAGAAGGAAACCCCAAAGCACAACCAGUGAAGAAGGAAGGUCCUGACAACUCACCAUAACCACCUUGACCAUGAGAAGCCUGAAUCACACAACCAAAUCACCAACCAAAGUGCAAAGAACUCACUAAUUUCCACUUCUUGUGCUCAGUUCUUCACAAUGCUGAACUGAUUUGAAGGAGCUGAGUCAGUAUUGAUUAGAGCAUGGACUACCUUAGUGUAUUUUGUGACUGCAAGGCUGCCUGCCCUCUAAGCACUGCCUUGUUGAUUUGGAAAUUAAAGGGUGAAGAAUUCCUUAUUUUUGUAGAUGAGACAACAGAAAACACGACUAUGAGUAAAGAGACUAAUUGUGUACUAGGCAGUGUUCGCUCUUCUACAGUGUGAUGAAGAUGUGAAGCUCCCAAAACUGGGGACACAUGGAUCUGGCCAUUACCUCGUGCCCAUUCCCACUGAUGACCUCAGCAACACCAGUGGAGCAACUGCAGGAUGGUGUCAGACCUCAGGUAUUAAAGGAGCCCAUUAGCAGAGGGGUCCUAAGAAAAUUCCUUUCAGCCCCAAUUCACAUGACUACUAGAGCUGCACUAUUGACAUGAUGCAUUCACAGAUCUCACAGCAGUUCAUUAAUUUCUUAUCGCUCGGAUGUAACUUAAUGCCCUGUUACCAUAAGGAUAUGUGAAGCCCAGGAAAACAAAGAGGAGAGGUAAAGUUCUCCAAGACUUUCACAAAUAGCAUGCCCCAGGAUCACUUAACUGUAUGUUUAGAUGCAGUAGUCUACAGGGUGAAACGCACCAGGAGAUUUUAAUUUCCAGGAAGGCUGAUUUUGUAUCUCAUCCAAAAUAUGCUACAAUCACUACAGCAUCCCAGAUAACAUAAUGGGAUCAGUACCAACUGGAAAGGAAGAUAAAUUUUUGCUGAAUCACUUUAGCUGCAUCUGAUCUUAGGUAAACACCUACAGGCACUUGGGUCAGCACUUGAGGGAAUAUAAGUAUGGAAGUGUUUCCUUUAUGAGUCACUCAUGCCAUUUACUGUGGCACAGUUCUUCACACCAUACUGUGGCACUGAUACCUGAACUUUUAGAAGAGUGCUUUACUUUGAGUCAUCAGCUGUAGAUGUCCCUCAGGAUACCCUGUGAUGGAGGACAGCAGUAUGCAAAGCAGGAAACAGCAGCAUGAGUGAGAAGGGAACGUGCUGAAGGAUUCAUCUCUCCCAGCCAUGAAGGGCAUCCAGCAAUCUUUGUCAAUAUGAGCCAAGGAGGGGGGGAGGAAAUCAAGAUUAUUUUCUAUCACAAAAAACAGGUUAAACAGUUGCUAAUCCAGUAGGCAGAAAAACAGGAGAGCUAAGAGGAGAUGCUUUAUACCCGAUGAAGGCCUGCAGAUCCAGAGCCACAGCUCUUGGAGUAUGUGCUUGGACUGCAAGAGAAAAAAGGGGCGUUCGCUCGCUGGUGUGCUGCGGCUCCCUCCGGUGUCCACCGCGAGCAAGAGCAGCAGGACACCAGCUAUUUCUCUGCGGCUUGUCUGGUAUGUGAAAUACUGAACAGCUUCCCAGCCAGCACUUCCAUCACCAGCAACAUCGCCCCCAUCCGCACCAAGUUCUCCAAACUGAGGGGUUCUGCUGGCACAAGGCAUCUACCCGCACCAAGUAGCUGAGGGAGAAUGUCUUCCAGUUUGAAAGAAAAAUUUAAAGCUCAAAAGCAAUCAGCAGAAACCUCACAGUUCUGGCUGUGGAUCCUGUGCUCUGUGGGAGAUGGUGGUACAUCAACACAUGGGUAGACGAAAACAUUUGGCAUCAAUGAAAAUUUCCAAAUAAAUGUGUUCAAAACUCACAUGGUCUUCAGGAUGUUUUUGUUAGCCUGUUAAGCAGUAACAAAUGACAACACACAGGCACAGAGAAAAACAAAAGCCAAACCAAGGUGUGUGGUAAAUUUUCCAGACAUACUGCUAUGUGGAUUUCCAGAAAAAGCCAAGGAUCUGAGAAGAUUCCUCAAACUCAUGUGUGUUUAUCACUUCUGUCACAUCCUUUUGGUUGUUUAAUGACCUCUUGAGCAUUUCCAAUGAAUUCAGUUUUAGCUGGUCCCUGAAAGUUGUGUCUUGCUCCAGUGAAACAGAGGAAUGGUGUUUGGGUUCAGAGGGCUGCCCCAAUGAUCAGGGAAAUGCUUAGCUUUCCCCUGCACCUCUUCUGGUGUGGUCCACCACUGGUGCAUCCUCCAGGAGUCUUGGGAGGAUGACAAAUAAGAAGGAACAUUUUUUUUCCUCUUGAGUACUGCCACAACUGAUGUUCAGCCACUCUCAGGUAAGAGUGUUGGCUUCAGUUAUGUCAUGUGUGAGCAACAUCUCAUGUGGCAGGGAGGACAGCGAGCAUUUUCUUUAGUAACUGUGUAUAAAGCAUUAGAGGAUUUUAUUUUCAGUUUGCAAUUAGCUGAGAACAAAUUAGGGUUACCGAGCUACCAGGAUGAGCCUUAGGGGACACAGCUUUCCCUUAGAAGGUUUCCGUCUUUCAUUGCUGUAUGAGGUAGGGAGCUGGGGUAAUUUCCUAGCUUUCUCCUUGGCUCCAGGACUGAGAUUAUAUCUUGAGGGUCAUCCAAUGCCUCCUCAAACCCAGCAGAGUUGUUACAGAAGCAGUAAAGGGAAAAGAAGUCAGUGAAAGCAGGAGGAGGGGGUCGGAUCCAGUGGCUGUUGGAGGACGAGUUAGGAAAAAGUGGCUAUUCCACUGGGAUUUGUGGGGCUUGCACCUCCGUCGAGGCACAGGGGAGUCAGAAGGAUGGCGGUGAAGGUCAGGUCUCGUUCCUCGUCUUCCUUCUGUUUGUGGUUCUCUCAUUUUCCUGCUUUUUAAUUUUUUUAAUUAUUUUUUUCAGUGUUCCCUGCCUUUCUCAGGCCAGAACGGCGGCGGCGCUGCAGUCCGGGCCCCGUGGCCGGUACCUGUUCCCGUUCCUUGUGCUCCCUGCCCGCCAUGAGCCUGGCCCAGCGGGAUCCCAGCCCCUCCAUCCCGCCGGGAAGCGCCAGCGGGGCAGCGGGGUGAUGUCACCGCUGUCGCUGUCCCCCGAUGUCCUCCUGCCAGCCCGUCUGCCCCCCUGUGUCCCGGCCCCGCUCGGUCCCCCCGGGCGCAGCGCCGCGGGCAGCGCCCGGCAGCGUCCCGCGGGAGAACGGGAUGCGGCAGCCAGGGAAACGGGAGAGGAGCCAAGCACUGGCGGGGGGCACAGGGCAGCCAGGGAAACGGGAGAGGAGCCAAGCACUGGGGGGAGACAGGCAGCAGCUGAGUCGGGAAACGUGGCUAGAGGCAGCUGAGGAGAAGCCGGGCUGCAUGGAAGGGCAGGACGAAACGGGACACCAGCGUGCAGCGCCGACCCAAGAAUCCAUCGCUGGUGCUGGGCCAUCCUGGGGGAAUGGGAGGAGCCCCUUCGGAGGACAAUAAACUCUGGAAUGAGGGUGUGGGCUGUUGCUCCUCGCUCUCCCCCCCUCAUUCCACAUGCAUGAUGAUACCAUAUCCCUCCAUCUCGCUGGCUUCUUGGGUUUUUUUCUUUUUCUUUUUUUUCUCUUUUCCCAGAAAUUGUAUUUUGAAGACAACCAAAAGGAGAACGUGUUCUGGGUGUGGCUGCAUGUGAUUUACCCAAUAGCCAAAGUGGGGGGGCGCCGAAGGGGAAAAACAGAGCGUCCGCUGCUGAAGGGAGUGGAAGCUGAGGGCUGCAGGAUGAAGACCUCUGGAACCUGUAUACUGUUUUGUGUCUUAACACUCUUCUUGUCCCCAGCUGACUGGUUUCCAUGGAUGGUCAAUGGGCAAGAACCAGAAAGUGCAACAGGUGGAGUUACCCCUGACAGCAGCUCUGUUCAGGCUGACAGCGAAACAUCAACAGCUUCAUCAGACUGUCGUGAGGAAAAGUUCCCUUGCACGCGCCUGUACUCUGUUCACAAGCCAGUAAAGCAGUGUAUCAGCUACCUCUGUGUUACAAGCGUGCGCCGCAUGUACAUAAUAAACAAGGAGGUGUGCACUCGCAUUGUCUGCAAGGAGAAUGAGGUCAUGCAAGAUGAGAUCUGUCGCCAGCUGGCUGGCCUUCCUCCUCGACGUCUCCGCCGAUCCAGGCAACCCCUGCCUCUCCCUUGCAGGCAGCUCCUGGAGCAGCAGCGCAGGCCUGAUGCUCUGUGAGCUGCCAGCAGUAGGAGAGGAAAAGGAAGAGAGAAGUCAUCAUCCACUACCUACAGUCCAAGACAAGUGUUUCUUGUUUGUGGUUCCCCCAUCAUUUCCUUGCUUCUAUGCCUUCUACAUCCUCUUCUUCAGGUGCUGCAGUGCACAAGUACAGUAAUUUCACAACUAUAAGGCGCACCCUUUUGACUAAAAUUUUCCCCCGAACCCGGAAGUGCGCCUUA